AUGCCGUACAAGAACACCAUAAUGACGCGCCUAGACGCCAUUGACGACCUUGCAAAAAGUAUCGGGGCUUGUAACAACGUCUACCGUGACCUUCAAGCACCGGAAUGCCUGCAUGGCACCAAUACAGAUUGGCUUGGGGUGAAAGGUUGUCUCCUCGAAAAAGGAGACCACCCGGGCCCUGUGCUGUACAAGCCUGCGUUGAUUAUUGGGGCCGGCGGUGCAAGCCGAGCUGCUGUCUACGCCCUGCACACACACUUCAGGGCCUCAGUCAUCUACAUCCUGAACAGAGAUGAAGGAGAAGUUGUCGAUCUCGUUCGCGACUCGCAGCGUUUGUCACCUCCGCCCAAAAUCAUCCACGUGAAGGAGGGGGAGUCGAAGAGCUUGGAAACGCCGUACUAUGUCGUCGGCACUGUCCCUGACUUGGAGCCCAGUUCGGCGUCGGAACUGGCUGUGAGGGCAUCAAUGGAGGACUUUCUUUCCAGGCCGGAGAAGGGAGUUUUGCUGGAUAUGUGCUUUAAGCCGCGGCGAACCCGUACGAUCAGGCUGGCAGAAAGUCUUGGCUGGCCGACUGUAGAGGGGACACACGUUAUUGGAUACCAGAUUGAGGAACAGUGGAAGCUUUGGACUGGAGAGGAGACGAUGGGGAAGCUGGAUAAAGACGGUGCUUGGAAGGUGUUACUUGAAGUAGCGGACAAGAGCCCAGGUAUCAACUUCUGA